AUGAUGUUCCCGGAAUUGUUUAGUUUGGAGUCUAACAAAAGGUGUGUGGUUGCGGACCGAAUAAUUAAUCAUGGAAGUGGGAAUAUUCUGUGCUGGAAUUGGAGGUCGCCGAGCUCUGAUCCUGGUUUCGUUUCGAGUCUUCAGCAGCUCUCCUCCCUUGUUGCCGAAGUGCAGGUCUCGGACGCCGAAGACCGGUGGAUCUGGUCCCCUGAUCCAGCUGGUUCUUUCUCGGUCAAGAGUGUUAAGUGGUGCCUCUUUGCGGAUGUUGCUCCGGAAAACAGGUUCAUUAUGGAAUGGUGCAAGUGGGUCCCAGCUAAAGUCAACAUUCACUCGUGGAGAAUGGAAAUGGGUAAGAUUGCCACGGGUGUCGCUUUAAAGAACUGGAACGUCCAGCUUGGGGAGCCUUUAUGCCCGUUGUGUGGUUCGGAUGACGAAUCGGUCGAUCACCUUUUUAUUGCUUGCCAGGUAGCGUCGGUGAUAUGGAAUAGCAUUAGCUCGUGGUGCAAGAUCCCGAAUAUAUUUGCUUUCUCUAUUAAAGACCUUCUUGGAAUAUAUAAGGAGAUUAGAGCAUCGGAGUCAAAGAAAGAAGCGGUUCAAGGUAUCAUCUUGAUUGCUUGUUGGUCUUUAUGGCGUGCUAGGAAUAACCUUGUGUUUUCGAACAUAGAGAUAAGAAUUGAUAGAAUUUUGAGUAAAGUGAAGGCGUUGGGUUUUCUUUCGUUUUCAAGUAGAUCUAGACAUAAAGGGAUUGAUUGGGCUGCUUGGAGUUCCUUUGUAAAUAUGUAA